AGUCACAUGAGUCUCUUCACCGUAUAUAUUUUUAUCUCGUAAAACCUACUUUUCCCAGCAUAAAAGUGUUAUUUUUAACACUGAAUCUGCACUUCAAUCUGCAGCUAGGCUUCAGUAGCAAAUAUGGACGAGGACGGGCUGCCCAUUGUGGGGUCUGGAGUUGAUCUUACCAAGGUUCCUGCUAUUCAGCAGAGAAGAAUUGUUGCCUAUCUCAAUCAGUUUGUUGUUCACACCGUUCGGUUCCUCAACCGAUUUUCUACAGUUUGUGAAGAGAAACUUGCAAACAUAUCUCUUCGCAUACAGCAGAUUGAAACCACGCUGUGCAUUUUAGAGGCAAAGCUCUCCUCCAUUCCUGGACUGGAGGAUGUCACGGUCGAUGGAGUUGGUCAGCAGCAAACUCCUCAGACGUCCGGCCCUGCCGCUGCCAGUCAGGGCCAGACAGAUGGUCCACCAGCGGGGAGCCUGCCAAUCCCAGAGCCCACUCAGAGCGCACCAGAAGCUGCAGUGACACAGAAAGCAGAAGCAGCUGCAGUGAACGUCAUGACGGUGGCCAAGGAUCCACGUUAUGCCCGAUACUUGAAAAUGGUCCAUGUGGGGGUUCCAGUUCAGGCCAUAAGGAAUAAAAUGGCCAUCGAUGGCUUGGAUCCCAACCUGCUUGACACACCAGAUGCCCCCGUGCCUGAUGGAGAAAUAAAGAGUGCAGAGGACCAAGAUGCUGAUGCCAAUAGCUCUGACAGUGAAUCUUCUUUCAGUGAUUGACAUCUCAACUCUGUUCCCAUCACCAUAAAGCAUCCUGUUCAGGCCAUGUGAGCUUCUUUACUCCUGUGAUGACAUGGUGAAGCUGGUUGCAGUGCGCCUAUAAAUGAGUAUCAGCGAGAGAGGGUGGAUGCAACUCACAGCAGAUGUACUGUAGGCGCCUGAAACAGGAGAAUCUGCCGUGUGUGAUUGUAAUUUCAGCGUCAAUGAUCUGAAAUGUGUCUCUUAUCGGUCAAUGGUGACCUUCUCGAUUUUGAUACGUCAUUAGCAUUUUGAGAAAUGAUUAUUUUUUCAGAAAGGCGAGAAAUAAGAUUUCCUGUUGGUGAUCUACGAAUAGCAGAUUGUGACAGUAGCAAGUAGUUUUUAUGUUAAACUUUAUCAUUUAAUUUUUUUUUUGUCACCACUAUUAUCACAGUCUAAUGAUUUUAAAGGACCAGUGUGUAGGAUUAACUGGCAUCUGUUAUCCCCCGUCUUAAGUGUGUACGAGAAACUCACAAAAAAAGUCUCGAGAGCCAGUGUUUGGUUUGUCCAUUCAGGGCUACUGUAGAAACAUUGCAAUGUAACAUGGUGGUCUUUGAGGAAGAGGACCCACUCUGCAGUGAUUCUUAUUUUGAUUAUACACUAAUUAAAACAUACUACGAAUAUUAUUUUCGAUUUCUGCAAAGUCUGUUGCACUAGAUGCCACUAAAUUCUACACGUUGGUCCUUUAACCGAUGCACAGAUGCACUCAGUUGUAAGAUUUGUCUGUUUUUGUUACAGGGUCCAGAUGAAAUAGAAAAUAAAUGUAUGUUGAAUAUUUUUAAUAUUGAAUGUGUACCAGGAGAAAUAUAUCACAGUAAGGAAGGAAUGAAGGAAGUUUGCAUGUUACGUUGAACUGCAAAAUAACUGGAAGUUAAAUUAACAUUAUUCUGCCAUAUUUUGACCUUUUUACAAAAUGCUUGAAAUACCUGUUUCUGUCUGUUUUUAAAGAGCUGCUGUGUGCAAAGACAAUGAUUUCAUGUUCACUUCAAACAAAAGUAGUAAAUAUGUGUAUUAAUACAGGACAUAGUUAACAAGUUGCUUUCCCAGUGUUUUAACUGGUUUACAGCUGCUUAGAAAAUUGUUAGAAAAAAGUUUCUCAUUAAAGUGAUCACAAUUGAGACAAAAUUAUGUUUCAAGAUUUAUCACACAGAUAAAAACUAUGAUUCAGCCAGCAGUGAUAGAUGAUGAAUAAAUAGUAAAUACAUUGUGAUAUAUUGCCCUGUCCUGCUUUAGGUACUUCCAGCUAUAUGUUUCAUUUUCUGUGCUUUCAUGCAAGGAAUAACAGUGUAUUUUAUAAUUACAUCUUCCACUAAUGGGAUGAAUCAUUGAUAAUCACCACUUGGAAGAAAAAGAUAAAAUGCAGCUUGUGUUGGUCUACAUGUAAAAUAGUAAAGUAGAGUGUGAAGAAUGCUUAAGCACACAAGGAAUUCUUUGAUAAGAUUUCUAUGAAUGGUUAUUAUCACACUAUAAUGACUGUGAAAAAGUGAUAAGAGAACUGGAAAGCACUUUGUAUACAAAAGCGAGGAGUUUGACAUCUGUGAUUUUUGCCUGUAAUAAACACUCAAACAUUUUGCUUUAAAAAAA